AGAGAGAGGGAGUUUUUCCGGCGCUACCGCGGCAGGCAACUAUUUUGGCAACAAAAACAACUAGCGCCAUCAUCCAACUAUACGCGACAACAUUCUACCCUCUCUCACAACCCUCUUGACGGAUCUCUACCUUCUUCCCGCGCUUUUGAAAAUUUCUCGGUUACCGCGGGGAGCAACGGAACAACCGGCAGCAAUCUCUCUGCCUUGUGUGGGAUUCGUUCGAUUACCUCGGAGAGUCGGAAGUUUGGCGAUUACUUUGUGCUUACGAGCUCACCGCUGGUAGGAAAGUGACUCCUGUAUUAUUUCAUCUCAUCAUGUUGGUGCUGUUGAUGAGGCGACUGCUGCCUCGGUGGUGCUCCCAAUGCGCGAGAAGGGAAGAUGGCGUCGCACCGGACGGCUUCGUUCCGUGAUCGACGUCUUCGACUCACCACUUGUCGGCGCAUCAGCUCGAUUACGGCGGGGCAAACCAUUGGGGAUCUCGCCCUAGGCUGUGCACAGAACUACAAGUUAUGCAGCAAAAAGCACGCAUCGAGUGGGUUCAGUGAACGUCAAACGCGGCCAUGAGCACACUGGAGCACAGGAGUUCAAGUGGAUAAAGAGUCUAGUGGUGUGCCACAAAGUGAGCGAACUGAUCAGACAACGAGGAGAACGGCGUAGAUAUCAGUGCUAUCGCUGCUGAACGUGUCUCUAUCGUCUUACGAUAAGCGCCCAGUCGCGUCGUUCGCCCGACAGCGGCGUGAAGUCCAGCCGCACCGCCAAGAACCUCGGAGAAAAACGGUAGCGACGGCAACGUUCGGUGCCGCCGCAUGGUCGGCGCGCUUACGCAGGCGAGCGAGAGAGUGCGCGCAGCAGCGGUGAGUCACGGUUGAGGGUGCUCUGCGAGUCCUAUUAUGGUGACCCCGAUCACGUGACUCAGAGCGGCGCCGCCGCCGCUGUUGAGUGCGCCGGCAGCUCGCGGGAUGGCGCCACCGGCGCCGACACGUGAUGGCGGCAUUGUGUGUUCCCAUUGGCUGGCACAGACUGGAGAGAUGCUUUUUCACGAAAAGCCCUAAAUAUACUCGGGCCGGUGGCCGCGGUUUGCUUCGGGAAGGUUAUCCAACGGGCAAGACCGCCGAAGGAACCUCAGGCGAGCCGAGCGAGCGCCUGUUUCGACCGGGCCGGAAAGGAAGAAAAAAGACGGUGCGCGACGUUUGAAGAGAACUUCCCCGCCGACGACCGACGAAAAGAAGAGAAGCCGCCCUUCGGCGCCGAUCGAGUUCCGGCGAAGCUCGGCUAAACGUUACACGCCGCGAACAGCGACACCCGACUCCAGCGACUUGUGUUGCACGGAAAUCGUCGUCGACGCCGUCCCUCUGUGCUUGUAGUAGCGAGUUUUUUGUUACCGCCGCGCGACUUGCUGCCCAGUGCUUUGCGAUUCAAGAUGGGAGACGGGGGUCCGUACUCUGACGGCUACAUGGAACAGGAAGAGGAGUGGGAGCGCGAGGGACUACUCGAUCCGGCAUGGGAGAAACAGCAACGCAAGACCUUCACGGCGUGGUGCAACUCUCACCUUCGCAAAGCGGGCACCCAGAUCGACAACAUCGAGGAGGACUUCCGCAACGGUCUCAAGCUGAUGCUGCUGCUCGAGGUGAUCUCGGGCGAGACACUGCCCAAGCCCGACCGGGGCAAGAUGCGCUUCCACAAGAUUGCCAACGUUAACAAGGCGCUCGACUUCAUCGCAUCCAAGGGCGUCAAGCUCGUCUCCAUCGGCGCUGAGGAGAUUGUCGACGGCAACGUCAAGAUGACCCUCGGCCUCAUCUGGACCAUCAUCCUCCGCUUCGCCAUCCAGGACAUCUCCGUUGAAGAGAUGACUGCCAAAGAAGGUCUGCUGCUGUGGUGCCAGAGAAAGACUGCCCCCUACAAGAACGUCAACGUCCAGAACUUCCACCUCAGCUGGAAGGAUGGUUUGGCUUUCUGCGCCCUCAUCCAUAGACAUCGUCCCGACCUCCUCGACUAUGGAAAGCUCAAGAAGGAGAAUCCAUUGGAUAACCUGAACCUGGCUUUCGACGUUGCUGAGAAGCACCUGAACAUUCCCAGGAUGUUGGACGCUGAAGACAUGAACAGCACGGCCAUGCCCGACGAGCGGGCCAUCAUGACCUACGUGUCGUCCUACUACCACACCUUUGCCGGAGCACAGCAGGCCGAGACCGCCGCGAACCGCAUCUGCAAGGUGCUCAAGGUGAACCAGGAGAACGAGCGUCUCAUGGAGGAGUACGAGCGCCUGGCCAGUGAUCUUCUGGACUGGAUCCGACGGACCACGCCGUGGCUGGAGAACCGCACGACGGACAACACGCUGCCGGGCGUGCAGAAGAAGCUGGAGGAGUUCCGCGCCUACCGGCGCACCCACAAGCCCCCGCGGGUCGAGCAGAAGGCCAAGCUGGAGACCAACUUCAACACGCUGCAGACCAAAUUGAGGCUCAGCAACAGGCCGGCCUACCUGCCUUCCGAGGGCAAGAUGGUCUCGGACAUCGCCAGCGCCUGGAAGGGCCUGGAGACGGCCGAGAAGGGCUUUGAGGAGUGGCUGCUCUCCGAGAUGAUGCGGCUGGAGCGCCUCGAUCACUUGGCGCAGAAGUUCAAGCACAAGGCAGACAUCCACGAGGAGUGGACACGGGGCAAGGAGGAGAUGCUGCAGAGCCAGGACUUCCGCCAGUGCCGCCUCAACGAGGUCAAGGCCCUCAAGAAGAAGCACGAGGCCUUUGAGAGCGACCUGGCAGCACACCAGGACCGCGUCGAGCAGAUCGCUGCCAUUGCGCAGGAGCUGAACGCCCUGGGCUACCACGACGCGGCGACGGUGAAUGCACGCUGCCAGCGCAUCUGCGACCAGUGGGACCGGCUGGGCACGCUGACGCAGAAGAGGCGCAGCGCCCUCGAGGAGGCGGAGCGCGUGCUCGAGAAGAUCGACCACCUGCACCUGGAGUUUGCCAAGCGGGUGGCGCCCUUCAACAACUGGCUGGAUGGGGCACGCGAGGACCUCGUCGACAUGUUCAUCGUCCACACCAUGGAGGAGAUUCAGGGUCUGAUGGACGCUCACGAGCAGUUCAAGCAGACUCUCGGCGAAGCCGACAAGGAGCACAAGGCCAUUAUCGGCCUGGCACAGGAGGUGCAGACCAUCGCCAGUCAGUACCAGGUGCCCGGCGGCGUCGAGAACCCCUACACCACUCUCACCUCUCAGGUGAUCACAAGCAAGUGGACUGAGGUGAAGCAGCUGGUGCCCAAGAGGGACCAAGUCCUCCAGGCCGAGCUCAUGAGGCAACAAUCGAAUGAGCGCCUGCGCCGUAAGUUUGCCGAGAAGGCCAACGUUGUCGGUCCCUGGAUCGAAAGGCAGAUGGACGCGGUGGCAGCCCUCGGCAUGGGAAUGCAGGGCUCGCUGGAGGAGCAGCUGAAGCGGCUGCAGCAGUACGAGCAGGCGGCGGCACAGUAUCGGCCGCACCUGGAAGAACUGGAGCGCACGCACCAGGAGGUGCAGGAGGCGAUGAUCUUCGAGAACCGGUACACGCACUACACGAUGGAGACGCUGCGCGUGGGCUGGGAGCAGCUCAUGACUUCCAUCCACCGCAACAUCAACGAGGUGGAGAACCAGAUCCUUACGCGCGACUCCAAGGGCAUCACCCAGGAGCAGCUGAACGAGUUCCGCAUGUCCUUCAACCACUUCGACAAGAACCGCACGGGGCGGCUCACGCCGGACGAGUUCAAGUCGUGCCUUGUCAGCCUCGGAUACAGCAUCCGCAACGACCGCCAGGGUGACGCUGACUUCAGGCGCAUCAUGAACAUUGUGGACCCGAACAACACGGGUUACGUCCACUUCGACGCCUUCCUCGACUUCAUGACUCGGGAGAGCACAGACAGGGACACGGCUGAGCAGAUCAUUGACUCCUUCAGGAUUCUGGCUGGUGAUAAGCCAUACAUCACUGCGGAAGAGCUUCGCCGGGAACUUCCGCCGGACCAGGCGGAAUACUGCAUCCGACGCAUGGCUGCGUAUAAGGGCCAUGGCGCUGUCCCCGGAGCGCUGGACUACAUGUCGUUCUCGACAGCACUGUACGGGGAGAGCGAUCUCUAGAGGACUGUCGCACGUUUUUGCUUUGUUAUUUAUUUUUUUCUUUUCUCUCUGUUGGCGAAAAAAAAGAAAAACGAAAAGGAAAGAAAAUCACUUUUUUUUUUUCCUCCCUCCUGCGAGUACUGGAAGGAAUUUGUGGCAGGGGGCAGUGCAGGAAAGACGUGAAAUGAGCCGGUUCGAGACAGGCUACAAGCCGAUUGCCGCUGAUGGAAGGUUUGGCUUAAACCACUCUGAAGUCGGCUAUGAGCCAACGUCAGUGGCUGGGAACUCUUAAUCGGCUCUCCGCUAUUUUAUUUUGUAUUUUGGACAAUCAUUCUGUUAUCCUUGCCCAAGGCAGGUUGACGUUUGCAUUGGUGUUAUGUCACUGUGGGUUCAGAGGUACAAACCACAGCAUGAAAGAAGGAUCGCUUGAAUUGCCAUUAUCUGGAGUCUCCAGUCCCAUGGAAGGGACAAAAUUUAUGCAGACUCGCAAGGGCUUGAGGCUGAAAGUUGGAAGGUGGUACCAGCGGUUCCAACUCGUACAGUGCCCGGACAGAUAGGAUGACAGUGUUAUUGUCUGUGGUGAUAUGAAAGCUAGGGAUCACCUAGGGAAGAUGGGGAUCUUCUGGGCUUGCAGUUCGUUUUAGGGCUGCACCGUGAGAGCCAUAAAUGCGAGUUUUGCAAAUGCAUGACCGCUAGGAGACUGAGGUUAAUAUCCCAGGGUGAAACGCACUUUCUGACUACACCAGUGCAACCUAAUGCUUUGUGUAGAACAAAGCUGAUGAAAUUGAGCGCUUCUAAAUGUCAGUGGCACAAUCUGAUGAUUCUGCAGAAUUUGGUUGUGCUAGAAAAAAAAAAAUGUUCUGGACUCUUAUCUCUUCGUUUCUUGAUUACCUCUUUCUUUGCCGAGCAUUUUACAGCGGAGCGAAAUUUUGUCGCUCAAGCCCAAAGUUUUCGGUGAUUUUGAGGUUGUGAGCUUCAGUCAAAAGCGUUGAGAACAUGCGGAAUGACCGACUUCUGCAUUGCCCCUUCAACUCUCCCAAGUCUUUGUUUGGCACAAGAUGUAUCUCGAAAUAGGCUUAUUAUUAUUAUUUUAUUCUUUGUCAAGCACGUGAGACGACGUUUUUUUACGUAGACAAAGCCGCGGCCUCGUGUUUCUACCAAUCACUGAAAAAGUAAAAAAAAUAACUACACCUCUUCUUAGUCUUCCCGACCAAGCCCAAACAUUUUCUAUCGUCGUGCGCGGCACAACUCUUCGGCCACGAGCCCAAGAAGUCGUUGUGGUAACCAAUUUUUAUACUGCCAACAUAGCAUGCGAGUCGGGAGCAUGCUUGUCGAGGUGCUAAUUAACAAACUAAUAAACCCAACAGUUUGUUAGUGAGACAAAUGACACCAUUUUGACCCCUCCCAAGCUGCCAUCAACCUUCCUGCCAUUGCUGGCAGAGCUGUCAAUGUGUCUGCGUUUUUCUGGCAUUGGGGUAGAAACUGUAAAACGUGUUGUGUCGCAGUUUCUGAAUACGUAAUUUGUUUAAAAUGCUGCAGUCCACAUGUACAUCGCUUUAUUUUUGGUCGGAAGCGUUGUAAAUUUGGCACUAUUAAGCUCUUGUGCUUUAACUGUUCCGAGGAUCUGUUUGCCAUCUUGAAAUUGUCGGCUUGAAAUUGAUAAUUACCAAAACGGAACAGUGUCCCGAGUCUUGUCUUGCUCAAGCAGUCCUCGCUUCUCUUCAACACCUGGUUAGGACUUUUGUUAUCGCCUUUCCCGUGCGUGCGGCUAAAAACGGCGUUUCAUUUUUUUGUUUUUUUGUUUCUGUCUUCAAACGAUAGCUUCCAGUUUCUUUACUGUUGUCCCUUGUUUCUUGUUUUUCUCUCUCUCUCCCUCUAUUAAAAGUUUUCUUUGGGUGUCAUAAUCUCCCAGAGCUAGUCUAGAGACUUCACAUAUAUUUAAAUGCUGAAAAGGAGAUGAAAAAAAAAGAAAGAAGGGAAACGACGUUGGGGCGUCGGCAGCGAGGUGUGUUGUGCCGUACCUGUCAUCAGCCGUCAGUGCCUACGUCCAAAGCGAUUGUCAGGCGAGCCUCUUUAGAACCCACCACGUCGUAGUCUCGAAUCUAGAUUUUUUUUUCCUCGGCCAUGAACGCACUUCUAUAGAUUACAUACUAAUGAUUUUUUUGUUUGGGGUCUUGUGAAGCGGGUCGCGUUGCUACCGGGCUGGUUGUCUGUGUGUGUGUAUGUAUGUGUGAACGUUAUACUUCUUGGUAUGUUCUGUGUGUGCGCGUGUCUGUGUGGUGAAUGUGCAAGUAUUUUCUCAACCCAUAUUGACUGUUGUCUGUCAGCGACAUCUUUUUUUUUUUUUUUUUUUGCAAAGAAUAAUCUUGAGAAGUCGGUUGCAACGCUUCUGCUAAGCGAUAAAACCGAAUAUGGUAUCCACACAACCGCGACCUAGCGAUUAAAGUGUGUUGAUCUAGAAAUUUGCCUAAAAAACUGCAAAACGCACCAUUUUGACUUCUUUUGUCGUGAAGUUUGCACAUGCAAGAGUUUGACUUGCAAGUUUCCAGUGCAUUUAAACUAUUAUUCUCUCUCACCUAGAAAACAGCGCAAAAUAUGUCAAGCGGUACGUCUACUACUGGAACCUGUCCAUUCGUGCCAACUAUGCAAUCCUGUUGCCAGUAUUGUUCUAUAUUUGACUGGCUUUGGAUUUGGCUACCAAUUUGUGCCAGCCAGAUGACUUUAGUAUUUCUUUUUUUUUCUUUCUUCACAAAUUUAGCAUAUUAAAAUUGACUUCUUAGCAUAUUAAAAUUGACUUCUCCUGGGUAGAUCUCGGACUUUGGAGGAGUUUCUGUGGUAGAUUCCUCCGUGUAGUUGAGAGGUAGAUCGACGAGAAACGGAUGUCUGCGGCGUGUCGAGUCGCGGUUUGUCAGACGCUUGUACUGUAAUUGCCGACUGCGCGUAAAGUGUUUGUGCGUGUCUGUUUCUUAAUGUGUUGUUUGUGCUUCAUGACUGCGAGGUGCCAAAUGUAGACAGUACUUUUAAACUGCCUCAUUGCAGUGGGUGUUGCCAAGCGCAGAAUUCGUUUGACGGGACAAUGCAAGACAUUUUUUUUUUUUUUUUCUUAGACGACGCACUGCACAAGCUUUUGCUAUGUCAGAGAAGCUGAACAACUCGCACUUUGACUCUUCUUGUCUCGAUCGUACGUAACUUCUGCGUUGCUCUAGGUUGUGUGUUACCCGCUGAACAAAAAAAAAAAAAAAAAAGGAAGGAAGUCUGUUUCUGUUCCGGAAUGACAGUGUGUGAACAUUAUUUUUUUUUUUUCGUACAAAACAUACUGGCCUGGGUACUGGGGGAAAUGUGCCGAGAUACAUUUGUGGAACAUCACAAACACCACAUAUCGUCGCUCGCCUGUGAAUUGGAAAAAGGUUUUUUUUUUUCUGGCUGUAAUGAAUAAAAAACAGUGUUUGAACAUAC